AUGGCGGAUCGCAGAGGAGUCCUGAUCCCGCUACUCAUCUUAGCCUGGAUCUUCCUGUCCCCCAGCCCUGAGAGGGCGCAACAGUUCCAAUCCGACGACAGGCCCUCGCUCGAAGAUGCUAUCGCCGAGGAGCAACGCUCGCUGUCCGCGAUCCAGAACUCGACUUUCGACCCUGCAUUCGGCACGACAGGUCAUGUCUUGGACCUCACGGGGCUAGAGUCCGACAGGGGUUAUGUUUGGGACUCGUUGCCGGCCGUGAAAGCACGUGCGCGAAAACAGCUGGGCUAUGCGUUGGGAGAAUGGGCAGAGAAGGCGCUCGAUGGAAGCGUAGAAGAGCCAAACCCGAUACCGCUCUAUACAAACGUGACUGGGUACGUGCGAGGCAAGUGGCGGCGCUCCAAGCUGCAGGAGAGCGUAGCCUUGCCUCAGCUCAAUCUGUCAGCGUAUGCGCCACCGGGCCGUUUCGGACAACCUGGGAACCUGCACUCUUUCGAGCGCAACAUCACGAAAGACCAUGGAGAAGUCAGGGUCAGAUUCAAUGAGAAGGAGAUCACAGAGUCUCUGGGUUUGGGCUCAAGUAAUGUCACAGAGAUGGGCAUUGAGAUGAAGGUAGAUGAAUGGGAGUUCCAGAUGCGCGGAGUCUAUUUCGUUGAGCUUGGCCAGGCGAUUUUGACCACUACCAGCGACAAGCUGAGUGGUAUCUUCAUGCUGCCACACUUGGCGCUAUCCAACGGAACGUUCACGCAAGCUCGACAGCUACUGAACGAGUCCAUUUCAAGAACAAUUCAGCGCCAAGCUAACCACCAAAUCGAGAGUCUCAACCCAUGGAGUGCCGGGCCGGAGAACCUCGGAGAGUCUCUAUUAGCAAUGCCAGAAUGCGAGAUGAUUGUAUACCUACAACAGCUUGCGCCGGUCGCUGGGGCCAUGUAUUCGUCUGCAUUCAUGAGCUUCCUGGAGCACGAGCUACGCUUCCCGACAGGUGCCAUCGUCCCCAAUCCGCCAGACCUACGCUUCUCCUUGAUAGCCUUCUCGCCCGACUGUGGAUACAUCUUAGAGUCUCAAGGUCCGCCAGAUGACUUCAUUCAAGACGGAGACCACCUCACUGGACCGAAGAUGGAAGUGCAGUACAGACACAGUCGUCAACAUCUUCUGAUCUUCACGUUCGCGCUUGCACUGCAGCUUCUCUUGCUCAUGCGCCAGAUUCGAGAGGCCAGCACGCCUUCGACCAGAAGUCGUAUCAGCUUCUACACGAUCGCUAUGCUCGCACUAGGGGAUGGGUUUGCCACGAUGACCUUCCUUCUGAUCAGCCUGUUCCUCUCCGGCUUGUGGGUCAACCUGGUUGGGACUGGUUUCUUGGCAUUCAUAAACGUGUCCUUCUUCGGCAUGCGAUUUCUUAUGGACAUUUGGCAAGUCCAGGCACCAGAACGCGAGAGACGAGCUAGAGCCGAGGUGGAAGAGGAACUGCGCAGAGAAGAAGCGCUGCAGGCGGCACUGCGACGAAUUCGCGCAGAGCGUCAGGCCAGACUACAAGGUGCAGCCGCCAAUAGCCCUUCGAAUCCGCCCGGGGCAGAGCAUGCUGCUGAAGCGCCGGCAACACCAAAUCCACCGGCUACAGACGAGCAAACUGCGCCGGAGUCGCUACCUCUCCCUGUAACAGCUCGACGGCCCAUAGAUACAGGUGCGACCCCUGUCUUCAUGCCGUCGGACCAGGAUGGACUCGAGUCGAUCGGUGUACCGACAGCUACAGGCCAGACGAACAUUGACGCUGCCGUACAAGCGCGAAUGCCCAGCUUUGCAUCGCUGUACACGCGCUUUUACCUCCUCUUGCUCGUAACGCUGUUCCUCAGUUUGAAUGCCACUUCUUGGCAUGGACCAAUGCGGCGUUUCUUCUUCACCUUCCUGGGCAUGAUUUACUUCAGCUUCUGGGUCCCACAGAUUCAUCGAAACGUGCAGCGAAAUUGCCGACAUGCCCUAAAUUGGGAGUUUGUGUUUGGCCAGAGCCUCCUUCGUCUUACGCCUUUUGUCUAUUUCUAUGGGUACAAACACAACGUUCUCUUUGCCGAGAUUGAUUACUAUGGUCUUGGUCUUCUAGCUGUCUGGGUAUGGAUACAAGUCGUCGUACUGGUCUCUCAGGAACUCAUUGGGCCUCGCUGGUUUAUCAAGAAAGAUUGGGCACCGCCUGCGUAUGAUUAUCAUCCCGUUUUGCGUGAAGAUGAGGAGGGUGCAACGAUGCCAAUCGGUUUCUCACAAGCCACGGCUGACGCAGCAGCCCAAUCGACGCCAACAUCGCCUGGACAGGAACGCAUGCCCUCCUCAGCACUCGCAAGACGUGCAUCAGUCGCAAAGGAAAGCAAAGAAAAGGGCAAACGCAUCUUCGACUGUGCCAUUUGCAUGCAAGAUCUCGAAGUCCCCGUCAUCGAAGCCGGCGCUUCCAACGAUGCAGGUCUGACAGGAGGCUUGCUCGCGAGAAGGACGUACAUGGUAACACCAUGCCGACACAUCUUCCACAGUUCUUGUCUAGAAGGCUGGUUGAAGUAUCGCUUGCAAUGUCCGAUAUGUAGAGAGACAUUGCCGCCUUUUUAA